AUGCUGGCGAGUCCGAGAGCACCACCAACAGUAACUUCCCAGCCUCAGGAGUCAUGGGAAUCAAUGCUCCCAGGCCCACCCAGCCGCAACAACUUUGGAUCCGCAGAUCUGAGCCCCCACGGCCUCCUCGCAUUCCCCUCCGGCAGCGCCAUCUCAAUCGUCGACAUCCGCUCCACGCAGUUACUCUCCUCCUUCCCCAUCCCUCCCCCGCCCUCAUCCGCAGCCCCCUUCGUCACCGCCCUCCGCUGGUCUCCCCUCCCCCUUAGCCGCCACCUCCUCUCCUCUGAACCCUCCUCCAGCCACCUCCUCCUCGCCGCUGGCGACCGCCAGGGCCGCAUUGCGCUCCUCGAUUUCCGUCUUAAGUCCGCCAUCCUCUGGUUCGAUACCGACUCUAAACAAGGAGUCCAAGACCUCUGUUGGGCCCAGGCCCGCCCCGAUUCAUACCUUCUCGCUGCUAUUAACGGACCUUCCACUCUCUCCCUCUACAAUGCCUCCACCGGACGCUGCGUUUGGAAAUACGAUGCGUCUCCCGAGUACUUCUCCUGCGUUCGUCGCGAUCCCUUCGAUUCGCGCCACAUAUGCGCCGUCGGACUCCGCGGCUUUCUCCUGUCCAUCGUCCUCCUCGGAGACUCCGACGACGCCGUCGUCAUCAAGGAGCUUCAGAUUCCGACCGAUUCAAGCGAAUUGGUUAAGCUCGAGAGAGACGCUGCAGCCGGAUCAUCCGCCUCUGCUGUCUCGUCGCCUGCGGCGGCGGCGUUUCCUAAAUACGUCGCGAGGUUGGCGUUCACCCAGCAGUGGAGGCACAUUCUGUUCAUCACGUUUCCGAGGGAGUUGGUUGUGUUUGACUUGCAGUAUGAGACGGUGAUUUUUUCCACCGCGUUGCCGCGUGGUUGCGGCAAGUUUCUAGACGUGUUGCCUGAUCCGAGUAACGAAUGGAUCUACUGUGCCCAUCUUGAUGGCAAGCUCAGCACGUGGAGGAGGAAAACUGGGGAACAAUCACAUUCUAUGUACUCAUUGGAAGAGUUGAUGCCAUCAGUCGGUACCGCAGUCCCUUCUCCUUCAGUACUCUCUGUCCUUUUAUGCCAAUCAGAUUCAACACUUGAGAACAUUGGAAAAAAUUAUUCUGAUAUACCUAGUUCUCCUUACCUUCGAGAGGAUUUUGAUAAUCCUUUUGAUUUUUGUUACGAGUCUAAUAUUGUUUCUAAGAUACAUUUGAUCUCCAUUUCUGAUGAUGGAAAAAUUUGGAACUGGCUCUUGACUGCUGAAGAUCUUUCAGACACCCAAAAGGAUGAUAAGAAGCUAGGUUUGGUGAAUGAUGACCAUAAAUUAUCGCUUCCUGGGCCCAACUCUAACACCUUACCAUCUUCUGCUGGUCAACGGGACCUAAAUGUAGGCAAGCAGUGGGAGCAUUGCAAUGAUAAUAGAAGCCGUCAGAGCUCAAUCUUCGACCAGGAAGAAAUUUCAAUGAAGGCCAGCUGUCCUGGAUCAAGUUUGGCUGCCAAUGAGAAGGACAUUAAACAUGAUAGGCAAUUACAAUUUUACAAUGAAAUCAGUAAGCAAUGGUACAAUACCUUCUAUUUGGCACAGAAUUGA